AUGAUGAAGUGGGGAGGAAGAAAAGCUGGUUCUUCUUCUCCUUCUGUGUCUUCUCAUCACCAUGCUUCUUCUUUUUCUUGGUUCUCUAAGUUAAAGCACAUGAGAAUCAACUCAUCAUCCGAGCCAACUACUACUACUCAUCAUGCAAACAUCAAGAAGCAGAAGCCACCAUACCAGAAUAAUACUUCUGAUGCUGUUACUACUGCUUCUUCUACUGUUGCUGAUGAUGCUUCUUCUUCUUUAUUUCACGAUGAAGAUAAUUUUAUUGACUCUUCUUCAAGUUUCCCUGCUGCUGCUAGAAGAAACAGUAGUGCUAUGAAGCACACAGCAAGAGAAGGUGCUCUCAUCAACAACAACAAGAACAAGUUGAAGAAGGAGAAAAAGGAGAGUGGUAUUAUUCAAAAGGAAGAAAGAAAAUUUGUGGAUGAUAGGAAGGUUGAAAUGGAGAUGCAAGAGUACACUAGAGAUGACAAGGAAUAUGAAAACCUAAGGAGGAGAUUUGAGAGGAAAGCUCAAAAGGUUUUGCAAGAGCAACUCUUCAACUUAGAAAAAGAAAGAGGAAGAGAAUCAAGAAAAUUAGUACAAGAGAUCAAAGAUGUGGAGAUGCAGUUGGAUUCACCAAGAACAAUAUGCACACCAAGGAUACAUUAUUCACUCCCAUCUUCAUCUGAUUCCAAGAGUUCGAAUUCUGUUAGAAGUAAGAAGAAUAAUGAUAUUUUGGAGAAGAAACUGAUGAUGAAUCCUACUGAUGAGGAGUUGAACUCGAACUUGAACUUGAAGGUGAAGACCAAGAAAAAGAAGCAACAAACAGUAGUUGAUGGAAACAGCAGCAGAGAAAUUAUUCAUCAGAGGAGGAAAUCAAAGCAUAGCCCCAGAAUCAGAAUACAUUCUCCAAGGAUGUCUUCUCCCAAGAUUGAUCAAGUUUGCAGAAUAAAGGCUAUAGAAGACAUGAAGAAAGCAAGACUGAAGAUGAAGAAAGAAAGAGAGGAGAUUAUUGUGCAGGAAGCACUACUCACAAAAGGGUCAGAAGAUAGAUUUGCUGUUAUAAAAUGUUCAUUGGAUCCAAGAAAAGAUUUCAGAGACUCUAUGAUUGAGAUGAUCAUUGAGAAGCAGAUUAGAAACCCAGAAGAAAUGGAAGAGCUUCUGGCAUGUUAUCUGACAUUGAAUGCUGAUGAGUAUCAUGAUCUCAUCAUUCAAGUUUUCAGGCAAGUUUGGUUUCAAAUGAGCUAUGGUGCUUAA